UUGUUUUCUCUGUGUUAGGUGGUUCUGGAGGUUCUGGAACCAUGGCUGACCUGGAAGAAUCCACAAGGACCAAUGUGGUCGGAGGUCGAUCCUCCCAAACUUCGGAGCUGCCGAAGGAGACCAUGCAGUUGAAAAAGGAAAUUUCCCUUCUGAACGGAGUCAGCCUGAUCGUCGGAAACAUGAUUGGCUCCGGGAUCUUCGUCUCGCCCAAGGGGGUUCUGAUCUACAGCGCGUCUUACGGACUGUCACUGGUCAUCUGGGUGAUUGGAGGCUUGUUCUCCGUGGUUGGGGCGCUGUGCUACGCUGAACUGGGCACCACCAUCACCAAGUCGGGGGCGUCCUACGCCUACAUCCUGGAGUCUUUUGGCGGCUUCCUGGCGUUCAUCCGCCUGUGGACGUCGUUGUUGAUCAUCGAGCCCACCAGCCAGGCCGUCAUCGCCAUCACCUUCGCCAACUACCUGGUGCAGCCGCUGUUCCCGACAUGUGAACCGCCGUAUGUAGCGUCCAGGCUCAUCGCUGCGGCGUGUGUGUGUCUCCUGACUUUCAUCAACUCUGCCUAUGUGAAGUGGGGAACUCGGGUGCAGGACAUUUUCACCUACGCCAAGGUGGCAGCCCUCAUCGUCAUCAUCACCACUGGGGUGGUCAAGCUGUGCCAGGGGAACACGUCCAACUUUGACUCCUCCUUCCAGGGCUCGUCCACAGAUCCUGGCGACAUCGCCCUGGCGCUCUACUCUGCUCUCUUCUCCUACUCCGGCUGGGACACUCUGAACUUUGUCACUGAGGAGAUCAAGGACCCACAGAGGAACCUGCCGCUGGCGAUCGCCAUCUCUAUGCCCAUCGUCACCGUCAUCUACAUCCUCACCAACGUGGCCUACUACGCCGUCUUGGAUAUGAGCGCCAUACUGGCCAGUGACGCAGUGGCAGUGACGUUUGCUGAUCACACUCUAGGAGUGAUGAGUUGGAUCAUCCCUCUAGCUGUGGCCCUGUCCUGCUACGGAGGCCUCAACUCAUCCAUUAUUACUGCCUCCAGGCUGUUUUUCGUCGGCUCCCGUGAGGGUCAUCUUCCAAACGCUCUGUCCAUGAUCCACAUCCAGAGGUUCACGCCCAUCCCGUCUCUCAUCUUCAACUGUGUGAUGUCACUGAUCUACCUGACGGUGAAGGACGUCUUCCAGCUCAUCAACUACUACAGCUUCAGCUACUGGUUCUUCAUGGGCCUGUCUGUGGCAGGACAGAUCUACCUCCGCUGGAAGGAACCGGACAGGAACCGACCACUCAAGCUGACCCUACUCUACCCGGUGGUCUUCUGUCUGUGUGCCGUCUUCCUGGUGGCCGUUCCUCUCUACAGCGACACUCUCAACUCUCUGAUCGGCAUUGCCAUCGCCCUGUCAGGUGUUCCCGUCUACUUCCUGGGCAUCCAUUUGCCGGAGUCCAAACGUCCGCCCAUCAUCACCAAGCUCCUGCGAUCCCUCACCCACUUCACUCAGUACAGUUGCCUCUGUGUGGUCUCAGAGCUGGACAAAAGUGAAUAAACCUCAGUGCAGUUUUUUUACCCUGGGGCAACAACAACUGGGCUUCUGUUUACAAACGGGAAAUGGAAUAGAAUCUCUGACUGGUGUUUUUUUUUUUAUGGACUCAAACUCUGUGAAGCCUCACUGAAGCCUGGCGUUGUCCUGAGCUGCAGACUUGGCCGUCCAACACCACCUGUUGUUUUUAAGGUGAACUACACAACGUUCUGCCUCACAUUAUCAGGACACAGAAGGUAAAGUAGAAGGACGUGAGUCACAGUCUCCUGGUUGACGCCACCCUGUCACUAAAGCUCAUGUUGUUUACAGUUUUCAACUGUUCGAUGUUUUCAGAAAAAAAGAAAGAAACUAAUGGCCAUCAGUGAGGCAGGCAGGUGUGAGGGAAUGUAACAAGCACUCUGAUUGGCUGAGGAUAUAGCCAUUAGGACAGUCAUUCUUCAGCAUUAGGAGAAUGGAGUUGUCUUGAUAUCACAGAUCAGGUGUUACUAUUAAACAAGUAUUAAAUAUAUAUUAUUAUUAUUAUUAAAAGGAGAACUUUAUUAUUAUU